ACACGUCCACGCACACAAGCAUACACAAACACACACACUCACCGAGCUCUUCUCCGAGAGAGGAGAGAGAGCGCUGAGGGAUAAACAGAGGGAGAGACCAUAGGAACGCAGCGGCUCGUGUGUGUGUGUGUAUGCGUGUUGGCGCGCGCGCGUGAAGGUACGCUAGCUCGGUGGUAGAAACGACUGGCGGGGCGGAUAUGGAGGGGCUCGGGAAAAACGCUGGGAACUGACCGCGCACCGACAAGAAAAGGGGGAGAGAGAGAGAGAAGAGAGAGAGGAAGGACGGACGGACAGAACGGAAGGAAGGAAGGAAGGAAAGGAGGAGAGAGAGAAGUCUGACAGCGGAGAGGAAGGGGCUCGUCUGGAACACAGAAGGAUCCUAAGGAGUGAGCCCGGGGCUGGAUGGGACCCACCAUGCCCCCCAGUAAGAAGGCCCAGAGCCCCAGUAGUGGAGCCAGUGCCUCGCAGGGUAUGAGCCCACCGUAUCGGCAGGGGGACGCCGCCACAGCAGCGUCGGAGGCCGAGGCGGCCGACCUCUCGCUGUCCCUGUCCGCCUCCUUCUCCAAGGCCGAGGACGAGGAGCUCACCAGCCUCUCCUGGCUCCACGAGAGCACCGACCUCCUCAACAGCUUCAGCCACUCGGGGCUGCGGAGCGUCUCGCCCCUGCAGGACCCCGACGGUCAGCACCAGCGCUCGCCCUCCUCGUCUCCCUCCCCGGACGACCCCCUACUCGGCGAUGCACACUCGGCGUACGACUUGGCGGCAGGCGGCAACAGGAAACCGCCCUACUCCUUCAGCUGUCUGAUCUUCAUGGCCAUCGAGGACGCGCCAAACAAGCGGCUGCCGGUGAAGGAUAUCUACGGCUGGAUCCUGGAGCACUUCCCUUACUUUGCAAGCGCCCCCACUGGCUGGAAGAACUCCGUGCGCCACAAUCUGUCGCUCAACAAGUGCUUCAAGAAGGUGGAUAAAGACCGGAGCCAGAGCAUAGGCAAAGGCUCUCUGUGGUCCAUAGAUCCGGAGUACAGGCACAACCUGAUCCAGGCGCUGAAGAAGACGCCGUACCAUCCCUACUCGCCCGGCCUGGCCACGCCCUCAACCUCCCCACCCAUCCUGCCUCAGACAUUUCACCAGAGUCCUCCAUUGUGGUCGGGGAGUCCCCUCUUCAGAAAGAAUGGAGGCGUUCUCCUACAAGUUCCUCGUGGUGUGAUCCAAAAUGGCGCCCGUGUCCGGAGCCAGGCACUCUUCCCUGUGAUCAGACCACUACCUGUUAGCCCAGUGGGGAGCAGAACCUCGGCCAUACGAUCAUCCCUGGGAGAUUAUCUAAGCCCGUCCCGCUACUCUCCUCCGCUAUGCAGCGAGGACCUCCAGGACGACCACACCUACAGCACGGCCAAAUCCCCCAGCAGGCUGUGCUCCUCCGAAGUGGGCACCCCUUCCUCCCCUCUGGACGACGACGACGACAUCAUCGCCGUGGAGAUCCAGUCAGACGUCAAGCCCGAGCCCCGGGAGAUCCCGCUGGAUUCUCACAUCGCCGCCGCCCCCGCUGCCUACGUUUCCCAGCAGCCCCUGCGCGGACAGAGACGCAGUAUGGGGCCGGGCGCUGGGACUCUGGCGGGAAGCAGUUUGCCCUGGACCAAAAACCGAGCGCGGGGCAUUAGCGACACGCUGCCGCUGAAGAAGCGGCGCGCGGCGGCGGUGGAGAAGCCGCCGGAGAGCGACGACGAGGAGAUGAAGGAGGCGGCGGGGUCGCUGCUCCACCUGGCGGGGGUCAGAGCCUGCCUCAACAACAUCACAAACCGCACCGCCAAGGGCCAGAAGGAGCAGAAAGAGGCCCUGAGAAACUAAGACACACACAUAGAACACGCACAUAGUCACGCAAAAACACACACGCACACACACACACACGUUAACACACAGACACAUAGACACGCAUACAAUACACAAAUAGGUCAACAGGUAACGUUACUACAGCAUUAGUCUCAAUGGACACUUCUCAUCUCCCUCUAUCUAUCUGCAGGGCAUUAGGUGAAUCCUACUUAUUUGUGGCAAUAUCAAAAAUCUAUGUUUUCCUACAUGUUCAGCAACACUAACAUCAAUGGGUAUUUCUCAUGUGUCUUUGUUGUUUCUGUUGUUUAAAAAGGGGAUGAAAGCCAUAAAAAGGAAAGCACGUUUUGUCACUAAUUUGGGAAAAGCUGAGCACGACAAAACCGAAUCACAUUGAGGAGCGCACGGCGCAUAAACCCAGAAGAUGGCUGUUUGUCUUGCCUGUUCGUUUCCAUGUGAAUCUGUAGCAAUCUCGCAGCGAUGCCAGCACCGGCGGCAGAGCGUACUUAACAAGACGUAGGGCUCUCUCGGCCGCCCCGCUGGCAUCCCUCUCUCCUACAACCACGAGCACAAAUGUGAGACUGUGCCAAAGAUAAGCGACCAGGUUGCUCCAUGUAGCCGACACGACAGCUGACGAAAAAAAACAACAAAAAAAACACGAAGGCAUAGUAGUAAAGAAGAGCUAAGGGAGAGUGACCUAAAGCGUCGAAAUAAUUGUAAAACCCAAUGUGAUAUAUAUUCAUGCACUUAAGAUUAUUUAACACCACUUAUAAUAGAAGCAUCAUGGGUAAGGACAUGGUUUAUUCCAAGAGCACUCAUAGUAUUUAAGAAUAGAUAUUUUAAAAUAAAAAGAAAAAAAAUGGUCAUGUUUAUCACCAUAAAGAUGGAUAGUGUGCCGGGUCUGAGGCAAUAUCUCCUUCAUUUUGUUGUUGUUGUUGCAUAAUGUAAACUCCCCCAGUACUUCUGUCCAUAGACGUAGACACCUGGUAUAGAUAUCAUAGCUGCCAGUAGCUACCACACCUCUCCCUAUUCAUUUGACAAUGUCAAAGAACUAUAUACAUGAACUGUGGGUUUUAAAGAUUUCUGUUUGUGUCUGUUUGGACCCUCACUCUACCCUCAUAAAGAUAUAAGCAAUUUGUCCCGUGUGGACAACUCUGUAAAAAGGUUAGAAAAUAUUUUAUUUUUUUCCUUUCUUAAUUGAAGCAAUUUGACCUGCAGGACUUUCUCAGUUAUAUUGCAUGGGUGCUUGUAAAUAAGAUAAAAAGCAAAUCUUUUUUAUUCAAAGAUCAUGUAAGAUAAACGAUGUAUUUAGCAUGAAGCAUGACUUAUUUUCAUAUAAACAUUGAUCCUAGAGGAAAGAAAAAACGUUUUGCCGCCAAUUCUUAUACCCGUGAUUAUAUUGGAUUCUUUUUUUUUUGGUUUUCUUUGAAUCUUUUGGGUUCUUUUUUUUUUUCUGAGCGGGCUUUCAAAGAGACGUCUUCAGGGAGGAGCGUGGGAGAUCACUCUACAAUCCGAGGCCCCCGAGGGCGCCACCUCCGGGCUUCGGGUUCAGGCUACAUGUAGGCCAGCGGAAUCACCUCUUAGGGGUGGGCUUCCGUCUUCUUCUGCCCGUACAGUGAUUUUUAGGUGUUCAAUGUUAACCCCAGUGUUAUUUCAGAACACGUGUAGAGUGUGUGCGUGACUUUGUGUGUCCAGGGACACACACCCUUUAACAUUGUGCCUGCCUGCCUGCCCUCAGUACCUCUGUUGUCAUGUCUAUGACAAGUUUAGACCGAACGUUUUCUUGUCUUUAUUUAUAACAGUAUUGUUUCUUUUUUUUUUUUCUCUCUCUCCUGUGUGUAAAUGUACAUGUGUCCUUAUUUUCCAUCGACAUUGUUCAGUGUAAAUGUAUGGAUCAGACGGGCUCGGGAAACUUUGUAGGUGUCCCGAAAGAACCUCAUAUCUCCAAAUAGGCUACUUAAGAGCUGGAUUGAAAAGAAAGAGGAAUGUAAGAGAGGGCGUAAAUGACAAAAAAAAAUACGUUUUUUGAUUUACAUACAGUAUUGUUAACCCUUUUAUUAAAGGAAUUACUUCCUGUUGUGGAUGUCAAGCUUGCAUACAUAUUGAUCUCAAGUGCCCAAUCUGGAGAUGGAAUGGUUUUUAAAAAAUAUAUAUAUAUAUUUUGCCACUCUACCGAGAUGUAGGUGUGUGUCAUGAAAACACUGACUUGAUUGAAAUCCACGAGGGCAGUGGUGAGCUUUGACAUUUUUGCAUCAGAAGUGAUACGAAUUCUGCACUGCCAUUAUUCGGCAUGCUUAUGGUGAAAAAGGAAUGCAUAAAAGUAUUAAUCCCCCCCGCCACUUGCAGAGAUGCAGUGCAUAUGAAAAUAGCAGCUUUGUAGGAGAAAACAUAGGCUGGGUUUGGUUGUAGCAGCAGUCAGACAAGGUUUUUUUUUUUUCUUUUUUCUUUUUUUAUAUAUAUAAAGCUCAAUGCACAUUGAGUGAUUGUCAGCGAUCCAAGCAGGCAAACGAAUGCAUGUCCCAUCCGCUGGUACAGUCUUUUGCCACCUGUAGCAUGCAUUUUUGUAUGGUAUCCAUGCCGACAUAUA